GACAGACACGUGGGGCGUUGCGUUGCCGUCCACUCCAAGUUAAGCGGAAACAUGGCGGGCUUGGAGCUUCUGUCUGAUCAGGGAUACCGUUUAGACGGACGAAAAGCCACCGAGCUGCGGAAAGUCCAGGCUCGCAUGGGUGUGUUCGCUCAGGCGGACGGUUCCGCGUAUCUGGAGCAGGGAAACACCAAAGCUCUGGCUGUGGUGUACGGUCCACAUGAAAUGCGAGGUUCACGUAGUCGGACUCUUCACGAUCGGGCUGUCAUCAACUGUCAGUACAGCAUGGCCACAUUCAGCACGGCAGAGAGGAAGAGGAGACCCCACGGGGAUCGCAAGUCCACCGAGAUGAGCCUCCACCUCAAACAGACGUUUGAGGCUGCUGUGAUGACCCAGCUGUACCCGCGGUCUCAGAUAGACAUCUAUGUCAAGAUUCUGCAGUCAGAUGGAGGGAACUACAGCGUGUGUGUGAACGCCGCCACUUUGGCGGUGAUUGACGCCGGCAUCCCCAUGCGGGACUACGUGUGCGCCUGUACCGUCGGGUUUGUGGACGAGACGCCCCUCGCUGACCUUUGCUACGCAGAGGAAAGUGGGGGAGUGAGCUCUCUGGCCUUAGCGCUGCUGCCCCGGGGUGGACAGAUCGCUCUGCUGCAGAUGGAUGCCAGACUGCAUCAGGAUCACCUAGAGACUCUGAUUGAAGCUGCCAUGACAGCCUGUAAAGGUGUGAGCAAGGUGCUGGAUGAGGUGGUGCGACAACAUCUCCAAGAAGUGUCAGUGCUCACUGGAGAGUGACGCAGGGACUGGGGAGGGGGCGGGCUGAUGGAGAAUCUUGUUUGCGUUUUUUUCCCACGCAUUUAUAGCAUUUACUGUGUACCUUUGUAUAUAUGUGGUGAAACUAGCAAUAAAUAUGUGACACAGCAAAA